CCGUGUAGAACUAUAAACAUGUGUAUAAAAACACGUCAUAUACAAUUAUUUAUCUUUAUAACGUUAGCUUCUAUCGUAAAAUCUUAUAAUCAACAAGAUUUAGAUCCUGUGAAUGAUCAAAUCGUAAUAUACAGUUUACAAACAAAGGGCAAUAUUACAAUAGCUACAACAAGCAAUGGCGAACCAGUUGACAUACGUUAUACAUCAACCCUAAAUAAAGAGUUACUAAAUAAUCAUUUUUUUCUAGAAACAAAUACACAUCUAAAUCGUAAAAAUAUUCCCCUGCGAUUCGUCCAUACCAGAGGAUCUGGUGCUUUCGGUUAUUUUGAAGUAACACACGAUAUCACAAACAUAUGUCGUGCCGAUUUCUUAGACACAAUUGGUAAAAGAACUCCAAUUGCGGUAAGGUUUUCUCCAGUUUUUGGAUCAGCUGAUACGAAUAGAUUUCCUCAUGGUUUUGCAGUAAAGUUCUAUACAGAAAGUGGAAAUUUUGACUUAGUAGGAUUUGAUACACCCGUUUUUAUAAUCAAGGAUCCUGUCAAAUUUCCUUCAUUCAUUCGAGCCACGUCAAGAAACCCAGCAACAAACACUUUUGAUUCUAAUAUGUUAUGGGAUUUUAUUACCUUGAAUCCUGAGAGCAUUAAUAUAUUCAUGUAUGUAUUUGGUGAUAGUGGAAUACCAAAGGGAUACAGGCACAUGACAGGAUAUGGAAUUCAUACUUUUCAAGUUCACAAUAAAGAAGGUGAAGUUCAUUUUAUCAGAUUUCACAUUAUUCCUAAUGCUGGUCGUAAAUAUUUCACUAGCAAAGAAGGGCAGCAAUUAGAUGGAGAAGAUCCAGACUCCUUUACAAGAGAUUUGUAUGAUGCCAUUGCAUGUGGAAAGGAAGUUAGCUGGAAAAUUGCUGUUCAGAUAUUGACCCUUGAAGAUCUAAAGAAAGCAAAUAUAGAUAUUUCUGAUGUCACACUAAAACUCCCGCUAGAUAUAUAUCCAUUACAACCGGUUGGAAAGAUAGUUUUAAAUAGAAAUCCAAUUAAUUACUUCGCUGAAAUCGAACAAUUUGCAUUUUGUCCAUCAAAUUUGGUUAGAGGUAUAGACGGAGGUAUUGAUAAACUUUUUCAAGCUCGCAGAUUUUUGUAUGAGGAUGCGCAAUAUUAUCGAUUAGGAGUUAACAAAAACAACAUUGAAGUUAAUUAUCCUCGAAAUGCUAAAGUACACGCCUACAACAGGGAUGGGGAAGCCCCAGUAAGGGCAAAUGAAAGAAACUCACCCAAUUAUUACAUAAACUCGUUUAACGGAGCUAUGUUUAGCUUUGAAACUGACCGCCCGGAUUUAGUUCAAGCUGUUCAAACACCACCUAAUAACACAGCACAAAUAGCGCAAACAUUUAAGGACAUGUCUAUGGAAGAACAAGAAAGGUUGAUUGACAAUAUUGUUAGUAGUUUAAGUCCAAGCAUAGAUUUCAUUCAAAACCGAGCUGUUAAAAUAUUUACGGAAAUUAAUCCAGAUUUUGGUGAAAGAGUACAGAGUGGAUUACAAAAUAGCAAUAAAACAAAAGCAUGUAGCGGAAUCUUAUCAUAGGUAGAAACAUUCCGCAUUUCAAGUCAACAUUAAAAAUUAAUAUUUUAAAAAGUUUGAUUCAAGUAUUUUUUAAGAAUAAAUUCAAUAUACUUUAGAUAAA